AUGGCCCAGCUAGCCAAGUUAAUGAAAGUGGCGAGAGUACGUCACAUCGCUAGCAGUGGCGGUAAGAGGCGACGUCGUCACCAGCUGAAGGUUGAGCAUAGGCAUUCCAAGACUGUAAAUAUUGUGAUAGCUGAACAAAACCAGUUUCAGAUAGUAACAGCUCGAGGCGCGGUCGGAAGCUCUUUUACGGGUCACGUAAGAGUACUUUCUUAUAAUGCACCGAACGCUUCCAAAAGCGUGCGCGAGCCUAAAUCUUUAAGAGGUCCUGCCGCAAAGCCUUACUGGAUCGCCCAUCGAGCCUGCAAGUACAUCUUCGACGACAUCGACGGUUUGUGCCAGGCCCCGGAACCAAUAAGCUACGCGUAUCCCGCUCUCAGGAUAUUCUUCAACAUAUCGGAUAGGAAGGAUAUGUUACCGUAUUUGUACACGAAUUUCGACAAAAGCAAGUUCGCCAGUUUCGCCAUGGAGGUCGUGAAUGGUUGCGAAAAGAAGGACCCUCUUUGUUUGCACAUUUUAAGAGAAAAUGGAGUGCUUCUCGCGAAACAUAUCGUCGCUCUUGCCAGGAAGGCUGGCAAUGAUAUCAAGUUACACGAAGGUGGAUUGAAUGUUGUUUGCGUGGGCUCCGUCUGGAAAUCAUGGGGAUUUAUGAAGGAUGCUUUCCUGGAAGAAAUUCAUGAUUCGCACGCCAUAGAUGAACUAACUUUGCUUCGAUUAACGGCGUCGUCUGCCAUAGGCGCUGGUUAUCUCGCCGCGGAAAAAAUCGACUGGAUAUUCACGAAACCUUAUGAAAAGAAUAUUAAUGUACUAUAUCAUUACAAGCGCGAAAAUUAUGUAAAACCCACAAUUAAGAUAGAAUCGGAGGUGCAAUUAGUAUCGUGCAAAUAGCACCAAAGAAAAUUUUAAUCAGGCGUUAUGCAUACAAUUUCUAAAAUUAUAAUGCAAACUUUUAAAAAUUAGCAGAUACAACUUUAUCCAUCGUAAUCGUCUUUCAAGAAGAUGAAAACAAAUGGUUUCCUACAAAGAGCGUAUAUUUACAAUAAAAAAUAUUUUUUUAUACAAUAUUAAAUACUACUACAUACCUAUUUAUUAUAAUUAUAUUAUAGUAACUUGAAGUAAUAAAAUCUUGUUAUGGUAAUAACAGUUGAUAAUCACGAUCAAUUAUUUCGAUAAUUAAUCUAAUAAUAAAAAUUGAAGUCUAAACAUGAAGCUUCUUUAAAUAAAUUUUAUAAUGAUAUUAAAAACAAUUUGGGACUGGAUGAUCUGGGGUUUUUCAUUCGUUCUUGGAACUCUAGGAUAUGCUUUUAUCAUCCUCGUCAGCUUGGUAUUUUUCAUUUCAUCUUCGUGCCUCGUGCUGUUCGUAAUCCUGUAUCUGCUUGGUUAUAAUUUCUCAAGCAUCGAAGAUGAAUGAUAUAAAUGAAGGUAUUUCUUUUUAAUUCUUCUGGCUCUUAUCAAAUAAAUAGAAAGUAAAUUUAAAGAGGCAAUGAAAUUAUCUAUUCGAAGUCAAAUGUAACAAGUCUUUGAAAAAUAUAUUUCGACACGAUAUCACAAUUGUGUACAUUUUAACCAUCGUAACGUGGACGCACGCUAUGCAGGCCAUGUCCCGCAUUUUCAUUCGUAUAUUCGGAGCGGUGAUGUUUCACAAUUUUUAUACCAAGGACUGAAUUCAUGUUCGUUUUUUUAUCACUGAGAAAUUCUUAAUUUGUUUUAAAACAAACAAAUGUUUUCUUUUUGCACAUAUUAACAGGUCGAAUAUGAACACAGAACUUGGCAUAAGUAUAACAAAUAUUUUCUUCAGACGUAACAGUUUAAGGUACUCUCGACAAAAUAUACAUAAUGUUUUCAACAAUCAUAUAAGAAUUAUUAUGCUAAUACGUGUUUAUUCUAGGUACGCGAAGAAAAUUACACGAAGCGAUACGAUAUUUUACGCUCAUUUAGAACUACAAUCUCUACUAUUUAUAAAAUUUUAUAUAUCAAUUCAACGAUAAAAUUAAUAUCCUUUUCAAAGA